GCAGAUCUGCAACAACCAGCUGUAAAAGUAGCUACCAUCAAUCGAUUUCCUAUUUCAGUGACGCUUCCAAAUGUUUUCGGAGGCUACAAACUCUAAUAUAGAGCUUGACGAAGGCGACAGUAUGUCUGGUUCGUCAAAUGUUGACCGUAAAUCUCGCAGGGAGUCACUGGGAAACACGCAAUUCACAGGAUUACGAGGACAAAAUAAUACGAGGUUUAGAGUAUUAUUUAGUAAACUUAUUAAUAAGCUGCUUCUUAACAGAAAAAGACUGCCUGUUCCCAUGUUCUCCAGAAAUAAUACCAGUAUUUUUAGUUUACUUCGGCAAUGUAUUGGGAAAGAUUUGUCGAAAAUCACAAUGCCAGUUACGUUUAAUGAGCCGUUAAGUUUUUUGCAGAGGUUAUCGGAGUAUCUAGAGUCUUCAUACCUAAUUGACAAUGCCUCAGAUUCAACUGACCCCAUCCACCGAAUGGAGUUUGUAACUGCUUUUGCUGUUUCUGCUUUGUCAUCUAAUCAUGAACGUUUAGGGAAACCGUUCAACCCUUUAUUAGGAGAAACGUAUGAGUUAGUGAGGGAGGAUCUUGGAUUUAGCUUGGUGGCCGAACAAGUCUCACAUCAUCCCCCCAUAUCAGCUUUUCAUGCAGAGUCUUCUUCUUAUACCUUUUCUGGUUCAAUAUCUCCUGCAGUUAAAUAUACCGGAAAAAAUGUGGACAUUCGGCCUGAAGGUUUCGUAACAUUACAUUUGAAGAAAUGGAACGAAACCUAUGUAUGGUCUAAUAUUGCUUGUCGUGUACACAAUAUAUUUAUCGGAAAAUUGUGGAUUGAACACUAUGGAAAAAUGAAAAUUAACUGUGUUGAGACCGGUUGGUCAUCAGAGCUAGAAUUCCAUAAAUCUUAUAAAGACUCUUUUUGGAGUUCUCAUCUUUAUCAUAUUGUUGACGGUCACCUUUAUGAUGAAAAACAACAAAAAAAGCGAUCAUUUUGUGGUCAGUGGAUUGACUGCUUGUACAGCUUUGAUUCAAAUGCAUGGCGAACAUAUGAGAAGACGUUGAAGCGUUUAAAUGAAACUGUCACUGGCUUGAAACGAAUGUGUUCCCUGAGCAAUCAAACUUUCCUGCGUUCGACUUCCGAGGAAUCUGAUUGUGAAGCUAGUAAAGGGGAUGUGAGUAACGUACUUGUCUAUAGAAGAAUUCCUCGCACUACAGAUGUUGUGAUCUUAUGCAUGUACUUUUUUUUGGUGCCAAAUAAAAUACAUUUUUCAGAUGAAAAUGAAAUUUGAAGAAGUUACUAAAGAUAUUCAUGAUAAAAGAUUAUUAUGGAAAGCUAAUGCUCGGAGUCCAGAAUAUGAACAGUAUUACAAUUUUUCGAACUUUGCCAUGUCAAUGAAUGAAUUAACUGAAGACAUGAAAAAGAUAAUUGCUCCAACCGACUCACGGUUUCGACCAGAUGUUCGUGAAUUGGAAGAAGGCCGAAUAAGUAGAAAACAGUUGCUUAAAUAAAUACGUUUUUCAAUGGUGAUGAUAUACAGAUGAAGCAUCGAAAGAAAAGCACAGAAUAGAGCAAAAACAAAGAGAUGCAAGAAGUCGAAGAGAGGAAGAUAAAACAGAUUAUGAUCAAAAGUAUUACAAAUAUUCUUUUAUGUUUUAACAUUAUCUUUUUUUUGUAUUUUCAGUGAUACAAAACCCAGGUGACUAUUGUCAGAUUUAGGGUGUUUAUUCAUAUAACUUGUUAGCGAGAUUAGUUCCCAAAAUGAGUAUUUGUUACUCUAUUAUUUGCGUCACCUAUUACAGCAAUUAUUCUCUCUAAUUGCGUUUUUCAGUCUUGAACAUAUCACUGAUAUUUUAUUUUUGUUUUCCGAUUACUCUUCAACAUUUUUCUGGGGAUAAGCUUUUAAUUCCAACUAUAUAUUUCAGAUGGUUUAUUCAGGGGAAGCAUCCAACAACUGGAAGAGAUGGCUGGCUGUUUAAAAGAGAUUAUUGGAAUAGAGAAUGGGAAAACUGUCCCUCCAUCUAUUAGGUAGAAUAUUGAUUAAAAAAGCACUACUAAUAGGGCAAAUACAACAAUAAUUAUUGAAGCGAUAUUAGUCAAUUACAUGCAUGCUCAAUUAUUAUGUAUUACGCAAGAUAUGUUAAACUUAUAUUUUCUAGAAUUUUUAUGCAUUUGCGAAAAUUCAUAUUGCACGAUAUGCUUUUGAUAGUA